AAUGGCCGCUCCGCAGCGCAGCGCCAUGGCGUCGCAGCAGUCACUCCGAAAUAAGGUGGCGGACGGGAAAGUACUGUCGAUGGCAGCGCGGAUGUUCGAGUGAGCGAUCUCUUGGCGUUCGGCGUGUAACUACAGUUUGGUCAUCGCGCCCCAUUGUUUUUUGUUUGUUGUGUCGCGUAGUUGUCUUGCCGCGUGUUUCGAAGCCAGAAACCGCAGCAGAAACAUUGCAAGAAUUUCAAAACAAAGUCCGCGGCGAGCGAUGUGAGAAAUGAGUGGCCUAGACUAGAGCUUGCGACCCAGAGAGAGCCGAGGAGAGAACUCGACAGAGCGCUCAGCGAACAAACAGACUCAUCCAACAAGGAGACAAGGAGACCCAAAAAAAAACAUCAAAUGCACGGCGGGCAGCGGAGGUCUGCGGCCUCGUCGCUGCGAUCAAAAGCAACAAAAGCAACAAAAACUCCGAGAGCAGGAGCAGAAGCAGCAGCAGGAGUUGGAGGAGAAAGAACAACAACAAAAACGCAGGCAACCAAGGUAACAGCGACCCGAGUCUGGUUGUUGUUGUUGUUGCUAUGGAAUUUGGACAGCUGCUCAUGUUACGCGGAUUCCAGCCCGCAGCCCCAGCAGCUGAUCCCGCAGCAGCAGCAGCCGCACCAGCAGCUCCAGGCCCCGAGGUUCACCACGCACCCCUCCUCGUCCGGGUCGAUUGUGAGCGAGGGGAGCACUAAGAUCCUGCAGUGCCAUGCCCUGGGAUACCCGCAACCCAUGUACCGGUGGCUCAAGGACGGCGUGCCAGUGGGCGACUUCUCGUCCAGCCAGUUCUACCGCUUCCACAGCACGCGGCGCGAGGAUGCGGGCAGCUACCAGUGCAUCGCCAGGAACGACGCCGGAUCCAUAUUGAGCGAGAAGAGCGACGUGGUCGUGGCCUACAUGGGCGUCUUCGAGAACACCACCGAGGGUCGGCUGACGGUGACCAGCGGCCACCCGGCGGUCUUCGACAUGCCGGCCAUUGACUCGGUGCCGACGCCCUCGGUGAUGUGGCAGUCGGCGGACGGACCCCUCAACUACGACAUCAAGUACGCCUUCACCCAGGCCAACCAGCUGAUCAUCCUGAGCGCCGACGAGGGCGACCGGCGGGGCUACCGCGCCCGGGCGACCAACACCCAGCUGGGCAAGGAGGAGAGCAGCGCCUUCGUCUACCUGAACGUCAGCGGCGACCCGUUCGUGGAGGUGGCGCCCGAGAUCAUCGUCCGGCCGCAGGACCUCAAGGUCAAGCUGGGCACCGGCGUCGUCGAGCUGCAGUGCAUCGCCAACGCCCGGCCCCUGCACGAGCUGGAGACCCUCUGGCUGAAGGACGGCCUGGCCGUGGAGACCGCCGGCGUGCGGCACACCCUGAACGACCCCUGGAACCGCACCCUAGCCCUGCUGCAGGCCAACAGCUCCCACUCCGGGGAGUACACCUGCCAGGUGCGGCUGCGCAGCGGCGGCUACCCGGCGGUAAGCGCCUCGGCCCGGCUGCAGAUCCUCGAGCCGCCCGUCUUCUUCACGCCGAUGCGGGCGGAGACGUUCGGGGAGUUCGGCGGGCAGGUGCAGCUGCCGUGCGACGUGGUGGGCGAGCCCACGCCCCAGGUCAAGUGGUUCCGGAACGCGGAGUCGGUGGACGCGCACAUCGAGAGCGGAAGAUACGCGCUGAGCACGGACAACACCCUGGUAAUUAAGAAGCUAAUCCUGGAUGACGCCGCCAUGUUCCAGUGCCUGGCCAGCAACGAGGCCGGCGAGAACUCGGCCAGCACCUGGCUGCGCGUGAAAACAGACACGGCCAAGAAUCGCGUCAAGCGCCUGGCCCAGCCCCGAAUCCUAAGGGUAAGAGCUUCGCAUGCUGGCUUGGGAUCGGGAUCGGGAUCGGAGAGGGGCUCGGGCUCAGGAUCGGGAUCUGGUUCCUCUGGUAAACGCAAGGAGUUCCGCUUUGCCUCCGCCCCCGUGCUGGAGCAGCCGCCGCAGAACGUGACCGCCCUGGACGGGAAGGACGCGACGAUCUCCUGCCGGGCCGUGGGCUCCCCCAACCCGAACAUAACCUGGAUAUACAACGAAACCCAACUGGUGGAGAUCUCCAGCCGGGUGCAGAUACUCGAAUCCGGCGACCUGCUCAUCUCGAACAUCCGCCCCUCGGACGCCGGGCUCUACAUCUGCGUGCGGGCCAACGAGGCGGGCAGCGUCAAGGGCGAGGCCUUCCUGAGUGUCCUGGUGCGGACACAAAUCAUCCAGCCGCCGGUGGACACGACGGUGCUACUCGGACUCACCGCCACGCUGCAGUGCAAGGUGUCGAGCGACCCCAGCGUCCCGUACAACAUCGACUGGUACCGCGAGGGCCAGGCGGCGCCCAUCAGCAACUCCCAGAGGGUGGGGGUGCAGGCCGACGGCCAGCUGGAGAUCCAGGCGGUGCGGGCCAGCGACGUGGGCAGCUACGCCUGCGUGGUCACCUCCCCCGGCGGCAACGAGACCCGGGCCGCCCGGCUGAGCGUCAUCGAGCUGCCCUUCCCGCCCAGCAACGUGAAGGUGGAGCGCCUCCCGGAGCCACUCCAGCGCAGCAUCAACGUGUCCUGGACACCCGGCUUCGAUGGCAACAGUCCAAUCUCCAAAUUUAUUAUCCAGCGACGUGAGGUCUCCGAAUUGGAAAAAUUCGUAGGUCCAGUUCCAGACCCCCUGCUCAACUGGAUCACCGAGCUGAGCAACGUCUCCGCCGAGCAGCGAUGGAUCCUCCUCGAGAACCUCAAGGCGGCCACCGUCUACCAGUUCCGGGUCAGCGCCGUGAACCGGGUGGGCGAGGGCUCGCCCUCGGAACCCAGCAACGUCGUCGAGCUGCCCCAGGAGGAGUUUCCGCUUCACCGAGCUCCCUCGGGACCCCCCGUAGGAUUCGUGGGCUCCGCCCGCUCCAUGUCGGAGAUCAUCACCCAGUGGCAGCCGCCCCUGGAGGAGCACCGCAACGGCCAGAUCCUGGGCUACAUCCUGCGCUACCGGCUGUUCGGCUACAACAACGUGCCCUGGUCCUACCAGAACAUCACCAACGAGGCGCAGCGCAACUUCCUCAUCCAGGAGCUGAUCACCUGGAAGGACUACAUCGUGCAGAUCGCGGCCUACAACAACAUGGGCGUGGGCGUCUACACCGAGGGCUCCAAGAUCAAGACCAAGGAGGGCGUGCCCGAAGCCCCGCCCACGAAGGUGCGGGUCCAGGCCCUGAACUCCACGGCGGCCAGGGUCAGCUGGAUCCCGCCGAACCCGCAGCAGAUCAACGGCAUCAACCAGGGGUACAAGAUCCAGGCCUGGCAGCGCAGGGACAUCGACGGCGAGUGGCGGGACUUCGAAAAGCGGAUGAUGACGGUUCCGCCCAGCCUGAUAGACCCGCUGGCUGAGCAGACCGCCGUGCUGAGCGGCCUGGAGAAGUUCGCCGAGUACAACGUCAGUGUGCUCUGCUUCACGGACCCCGGCGAUGGCGUGGCCAGCAUCCAGGUGCCGGUGAAGACUCUGGACGACGUCCCGGACGAGAUCACGGCCCUGCACUUCGACGACGUUUCAGACCGAUCGGUCAAGGUGCUCUGGGCGCCGCCGCGCUUCUCCAACGGCAUCCUCACGGGUUACACGGUGCGCUACCAGGUGAAGGACCGGCCGGAGACGAUGAAGUCGGUCAACCUCACGGCUGAUGACACGGAGCUGACGGUGGAGCAGCUGCAGGCAACGACGCACUACUGGUUCGAGAUCUGCGCCUGGACGCGGGUGGGCAGCGGAACCCCCAAGUCGGCCACCAUCCAGUCCGGGGUGGAGCCCGUCCUGCCCCACGCACCGACCAGUCUGGCCCUCUCGAACAUCGAGGCCUUCUCGGUGGUGCUCCAGUUCACGCCCGGCUUCGACGGCAACUCCAGCAUCACCAAGUGGAAGGUGGAGGGCCAGACGGCGCGCAACAUGACCUGGUUCACCAUCUGCGAGAUCAACGACCCCGACGCGGAGACCCUCACGGUCACGGGCCUGAUGCCGUUCACCCAGUACCGCCUGCGCCUGAGCGCCACCAACGUGGUGGGCAGCUCGCGGCCCUCGGACGCCACCAAGGACUUCCAGACCAUCCAGGCCAGGCCCAAGCACGCCCCCUUCAACGUCACGGUCCGGGCGAUGAGCGCCCAGCAGCUGCGGGUGCGCUGGAUUCCCCUCCAGCAGACGGAGUGGUACGGCAACCCGCGCGGCUACAACAUAUCCUACAAGCCGCUGGAGAAGACGCCGGGCGCUAUUCGGGGCGUGCCCCGCUCGGUGGUGAUCGAGGACCACACGGCCAACUCGCACGUCCUGGAGGGCCUCGAGGAGUGGACCGUGUACGAGGUGCGGAUGAACGCCUGCAACGACGUGGGCUGCUCCCGGGAGAGCGGCACUGCCGUGGAACGCACCCGCGAGGCCACGCCCAGCUACGGGCCCCUGGACGUCCAGGCGAACGCCACCUCCUCCACCACGGUGGUGGUGCGCUGGGGCGAGGUGCCCAAGCAGCACCGCAACGGCCAGAUCGACGGCUUCAAGGUCUUCUACGCCGCCGCGGACCGCCCUGGCCAGCCCGUGCUCCACAAGACGAUCCCCAGCAACUCCACCUUCACCACCACGCUGACGGAGCUGAAGAAGUUCGUCGUCUACCACGUCCAGGUGCUGGCCUACACGCGGCUAGGCAACGGCGCCCUCAGCGCACCGCCCAUCAGGGUGCAGACCUUCGAGGACACCCCCGGAGUCCCGUCCAACGUGAGCUUCCCGGACGUCACCCUGACCAUGGCCCGCAUCAUCUGGGACGACCCGAUAGACCCCAACGGCGAGAUCCAGGCCUACCAGGUCACCUACACGCUCAACGGCAGCGCCAACCUGAACUACAGCCGCGAGUUCCCGCCCUCGGACCGCACCUUCCGGGCCACCCAGCUGCUGCCGGAGAAGUACUACAGCUUCAGCGUGACGGCCAAGACGCGGCUUGGCUGGGGCAAGACGGCCACCGCCCUGGUGUACACCACGAACAACCGGGAGCGCCCCCAGGCACCGUCCGUGCCGCAGGUGUCGCGCAGCCAGAUCCAGGCCCACCAGAUCACCUUCAGCUGGACGCCCGGACGCGACGGCUUCGCCCCGCUCCGGUACUACACGGUGGAAAUGCGCGAGAACGAGGGCCGCUGGCAGCCGCUCCCCGAGCGCGUGGAUCCCCUCCUGAGCUCCUACACGGCCCUCGGCCUGCGCCCGCACACCACCUACCAGUUCCGCAUCCAGGCCACCAACGACCUGGGGCCCUCGGCCUUCAGCCGCGAGAGCGUGGUGGUGCGCACCCUGCCGGCCGCGCCCGCCGUCGGUGUGGGCGGGCUGAAGGUGGUGCCGAUCACCACCACCUCGGUGCGGGUGCAGUGGGGCGCCCUGGAGACGGGCAUGUGGAACGGCGACGCCGCCACCGGCGGCUACAGGAUCCUCUACCAGCAGCUCUCCGACUUCCCCACCGCCCUGCAGUCCACCCCGAAGACGGACGUGCACGGAAUCAACGAGAACAGCGUGGUGCUCUCCGACCUGCAGCAGGACCGCAACUACGAGAUCGUGGUGCUGCCCUUCAACUCCCAGGGCCCCGGCCCCGCCACUCCGCCGGCGGCGGUCUACGUGGGCGAGGCCGUGCCCACCGGAGAACCCCGGGCCGUGGACGCCGCACCCAUUUCCAGCACUGAGGUGCGCCUGCUGUGGAAGCCCCCGAAGCAGAGCAUGCAGAACGGCGACAUCCUGGGCUACAAGAUCUUCUACCUGGUCACCUACUCGCCGCAGGCCCUGGAGCCGGGCCGCAAGUGGGAGGAGGAGAUCGAGGUGGUCUCCGCCACGGCCACCUCGCACAGCCUGGUCUUCCUGGACAAGUUCACCGAGUACCGCAUCCAGCUGCUGGCCUUCAAUCCCGCCGGGGACGGACCCCGGUCCGCCCCGAUCACGGUGAAGACUCUGCCCGGAGUGCCGAGUGCUCCCCUGAACCUCCGGUUCGCGGACAUCACGAUGCAGAGUCUGGAGGUGUCGUGGGACCCCCCCAAGUUCCUCAACGGCGAGAUCCUGGGCUACCUGGUGACCUACGAGACCACGGAGGAGAAUGAGAAAUUCAGCAAGCAGGUGAAGCAGAAAGUGUCCAACACCACGCUCCGGGUGCAGAACCUCGAGGAGGAGGUCACCUACACCUUCACGGUGCGCGCCCAGACCACGGUGGACUACGGACCGGGGGUGAGUGAGAACGUGACCACGGGGCCCCAGGACGGCUCUCCGGUGGCUCCGCGCGACCUCAUCCUGACCAAGACCCUCUCCAGCGUGGAGAUGCACUGGAUCAACGGGCCCUCGGGCCGGGGACCCAUUCUGGGCUACCUGGUCGAGGCCAAGAAGCGAGAAAAAGGAGAUCCGGCGUUUGUUUACGACUCCCGCUGGACCAAAAUCGAGCAGACCAAGAAGGGAAUGAUGCAGGACUUCACCGUCAGCUACCACAUCCUGAUGCCCUCGACGGCCUACACCUUCCGGGUGAUCGCCUACAACCGGUACGGCAUCUCCUUCCCCGUCUACUCCAAGGACUCUAUCCUGACGCCCUCGAAGCUGCACCUGGAGUACGGCUACCUGCAGCACAAGCCCUUCUACCGGCAGACCUGGUUCAUGGUCUCCCUGGCGGCCACCUCGAUCGUGAUCAUCGUGAUGGUGAUCGCAGUGCUGUGUGUGAAGAGCAAGAGCUACAAGUACAAGCAGGAGGCCCAGAAGACGCUCGAGGAGUCCAUGGCCAUGUCGAUAGACGAGCGCCAGGAACUGGCCCUGGAGCUGUACCGCUCCCGGCAUGGCGUCGGCACCGGAACCCUGAACAGCGUGGGCACCUUGAGGAGCGGCACCCUGGGCACCCUGGGCCGGAAGUCCACCAACCGGCCGCCGCCGAACGUCCAGCUGGGCAAGAGCCCGCCCCGGCCAUCGCCCGCCUCCGUGGCCUACCACAGCGACGAGGAGAGCCUGAAGUGCUACGACGAGAACCCCGACGACAGCAGCGUGACGGAGAAGCCCUCGGAGGUCAGCAGCUCGGAGGCAUCCCAGGAAAAGCACUCGGAGAGCGAGAACGAGAGCGUCCGCAGCGACCCCCACUCGUUCGUCAACCACUACGCCAACGUGAACGACUCCCUGCGCCAGUCCUGGAAGAAGACGAAGCCGGUGCGGAACUACUCCAGCUACACUGACUCCGAGCCGGAGGGCAGCGCAGUGAUGAGCCUCAAUGGUGGCCAGAUUAUCGUCAAUAAUAUGGCCAGAUCGAGGGCACCGCUGCCCGGCUUCUCCUCGUUUGUCUGACAAUCAACCGAGUUCUAAGAUACAAGCGCCGGUAGCAGCGGCACCGUCAUCCGGGAGACCUUUGUCUAGGCCCCGGUGGAGGACGAGGACGUGGACUUGGAGGCGAACCCCCGGACCGGGGGUCGAAGCUGAGGCGGCUGAGACAGGACGGGAAGGAAUGACUGGAACCCAAGGAGGAUGAGGAUGAGGACGAGGGCCACAGGCACCAGACACCAGACAUCAAACACCAGACACCAGAAGGACACAUAUCAGACGCGGGGUCUCAGCCCCCCCAGCUCGUCGCUCUCCGCCGACCCGCUGCUACAUGGAUGCACUAUACAGAGACACCCCACAUACCCACACACCGGAAGGAUUGGACAGACAUUCGUUUAGUUUAGCCUCUAAUGCGUUAGUUUAGGUUCUAGUUUUACGAGAGAUCUGAGAUUGGCGGCAUUUAGUUAGUGUCCCCCCUUCCCGGCAUGACUCUGCUCCCAAUCGUAGAGCUAAGGUUUUUUUUUAAUCGUGUUUUAGUUAGUACUAGUACGUGUAUUUAUUUAUAUGCAUAUGCAUGUGUGCGCCCGUGUGCUUGUUUAGGUUUGUGUUUGUGUUACGUUUUGGGAGCUGCCAGCCACUCCGCCACUGUCUAUCGGUUCUAUCGGUUUUAUCGAGCUAUCGAUUUAAGAAAUGAUUUCCAAACGGGCUCGAAAAGGUGGCACUGGCAGCCCAAACUAUUGAGUGAAAGGGUGAAUGAUGGCGUGCGUCCGGCGCAAUCUCAUUAUGUUUAAAGGAGUCGGGGCUAGGAGGAGUUUGGACGAUGUGGACGACGACGAGGAGCGCCCGGAGCGGCAGGAGCAGAUUAAAUGCUGAAGCGCGGAAGUGCGAAGAGGGAGUUUAGCAAGGAUAUAGAGCAAGGAUAUAGCAACCGAUUCAAUCGGAGACAAAGAAAAAGAGUUCAAGCGAAACAAAACAAAAAACAAAACAAAACAAAACAAGAGAAAACAAACAAAGCAGAGAUAUUUAGAGAAAUAUGCAAAGGAUAAGAAAAAAAAAUCAUAUCUUGUAAGCAAAAGAUAGGUGUAUUUUUUUUUUUGAGUGUGCAGAGAAGGCGGCGGAAGGAGGAGCGGCGUCAUCGACGGCCGGCGGACGAGCAGAAUAGAGUAUAUUCGGAUAUAAAUUGAUAGGCCAUAUUAAUGCAAUUUCUGUACCACGUAAGCCACAAAACAAAGCAACUGUAACACACAAACACUCGAAAGGACACUGCGGGAGAUCCUUGCGAUCCAACAGCGACGAGCUGACAUUUUCAAGCGCAUGCGCGGCCGACUAGCACUACGAGAGAUCUUAGUAGACGUAAGAUGCAUUUUUUUUUGCUAGCUGGGCCUGGUCCCUGCCGGAGGGUCUUGGCUAGGGGAUACCCCAGGGACCACGCCCUAGUAACUCCUCUUUGAUUGUUCAAAACGACCGAUAUACCGAUACCGAUACCGAUACCGAUAACGAUAGACGAUAGACGACACUUAAUUGUAUUUGAAUGUGUAAUAAGCAGCUGCUUAUAUUUAUGACUAUAUUUAUAUAUCGAUGUAUUUUACAUGUUUAUCUGUAACCUAAACGACUGAUUAUAUAUUUUUUCCGACUACCGAUUACCACUUACUGAUUACCCGAUAACCGAUAACCGAUUACCGAUUACCGACUAUCGAUUAUCGAUUCUGAUUAACGGUUUACCAAUUAGUUGUAUUCAUAACUUCUCCUCUGUACUUGUACUUGUACUACCCACGCAUUGACUCCACAUUUACACCACAUUGGCCCACGAUCUGACCCAGAAUCUAAACCAGAAUCCGAAUCAGAAACAGAACUACAUAUAUAGCCGGAGGGGAGUAGCGUGAACCGCAUUUGUCCCGUUUCGCAAGCUAAUUUCUACUUCAAAGACUCGAAGCACAAGUUCAUCUAGUUAAGCAUAAAUGUAAUUGUAAUUGUUGAUUGAUUGAUUGAUUGAUUGAUUGGUGGAAGAGUGAGGAUAGCUGGCUGGGAGCGGUCUCCUGGUCCCCACCAGGAGCGCCCCCCAGCCGAGACGGACGGAGCCCCUGGCAUCUCGCCUCCGGGGCAGGCGGGCUAGUGGAAAUCGUGCAGCAAGCGCAAAGUAUUAGAAUAUUUAUAAAUACAAUUUAAAUGUGUAAAUGUCAUUUUGAUGGAACAUACGAUACGAAUUAAUAAAAGAAGUGAAAUCAAUGUCUGGCUGCGUUUUUAUUUCUGCAUCUAACAGGCUGGCGAUCAAGACAGUGACGGAUCAGUCGGAGGCUUGGCUUAGCAGCUCGGAGGCAUCCCAGCACUCGGAGAGCGAGAACGAGAGCGUCCGCAGCGACCCCCACUCGUUCGUCAACCACUACGCCAACGUGAACGACUCCCUGCGCCAGUCCUGGAAGAAGACGAAGCCGGUGCGGAACUACUCCAGCUACACUGACUCCGAGCCGGAGGGCAGCGCAGUGAUGAGCCUCAAUGGUGGCCAGAUUAUCGUCAAUAAUAUGGCCAGAUCGAGGGCACCGCUGCCCGGCUUCUCCUCGUUUGUCUGACAAUCAACCGAGUUCUAAGAUACAAGCGCCGGUAGCAGCGGCACCGUCAUCCGGGAGACCUUUGUCUAGGCCCCGGUGGAGGACGAGGACGUGGACUUGGAGGCGAACCCCCGGACCGGGGGUCGAAGCUGAGGCGGCUGAGACAGGACGGGAAGGAAUGACUGGAACCCAAGGAGGAUGAAGAUGAGGACGAGGGCCACAGGCACCAGACACCAGACAUCAAACACCAGACACCAGAAGGACACAUAUCAGACGCGGGGUCUCAGCCCCCCCAGCUCGUCGCUCUCCGCCGACCCGCUGCUACAUGGAUGCACUAUACAGAGACACCCCACAUACCCACACACCGGAAGGAUUGGACAGACAUUCGUUUAGUUUAGCCUCUAAUGCGUUAGUUUAGGUUCUAGUUUUACGAGAGAUCUGAGAUUGGCGGCAUUUAGUUAGUGUCCCCCCUUCCCGGCAUGACUCUGCUCCCAAUCGUAGAGCUAAGGUUUUUUUUUAAUCGUGUUUUAGUUAGUACUAGUACGUGUAUUUAUUUAUAUGCAUAUGCAUGUGUGCGCCCGUGUGCUUGUUUAGGUUUGUGUUUGUGUUACGUUUUGGGAGCUGCCAGCCACUCCGCCACUGUCUAUCGGUUCUAUCGGUUUUAUCGAGCUAUCGAUUUAAGAAAUGAUUUCCAAACGGGCUCGAAAAGGUGGCACUGGCAGCCCAAACUAUUGAGUGAAAGGGUGAAUGAUGGCGUGCGUCCGGCGCAAUCUCAUUAUGUUUAAAGGAGUCGGGGCUAGGAGGAGUUUGGACGAUGUGGACGACGACGAGGAGCGCCCGGAGCGGCAGGAGCAGAUUAAAUGCUGAAGCGCGGAAGUGCGAAGAGGGAGUUUAGCAAGGAUAUAGAGCAAGGAUAUAGCAACCGAUUCAAUCGGAGACAAAGAAAAAGAGUUCAAGCGAAACAAAACAAAAAACAAAACAAAACAAAACAAGAGAAAACAAACAAAGCAGAGAUAUUUAGAGAAAUAUGCAAAGGAUAAGAAACAAAAAUCAUAUCUUGUAAGCAAAAGAUAGGUGUAUUUUUUUUUUUGAGUGUGCAGAGAAGGCGGCGGAAGGAGGAGCGGCGUCAUCGACGGCCGGCGGACGAGCAGAAUAGAGUAUAUUCGGAUAUAAAUUGAUAGGCCAUAUUAAUGCAAUUUCUGUACCACGUAAGCCACAAAACAAAGCAACUGUAACACACAAACACUCGAAAGGACACUGCGGGAGAUCCUUGCGAUCCAACAGCGACGAGCUGACAUUUUCAAGCGCAUGCGCGGCCGACUAGCACUACGAGAGAUCUUAGUAGACGUAAGAUGCAUUUUUUUUUGCUAGCUGGGCCUGGUCCCUGCCGGAGGGUCUUGGCUAGGGGAUACCCCAGGGACCACGCCCUAGUAACUCCUCUUUGAUUGUUCAAAACGACCGAUAUACCGAUACCGAUACCGAUACCGAUAACGAUAGACGAUAGACGACACUUAAUUGUAUUUGAAUGUGUAAUAAGCAGCUGCUUAUAUUUAUGACUAUAUUUAUAUAUCGAUGUAUUUUACAUGUUUAUCUGUAACCUAAACGACUGAUUAUAUAUUUUUUCCGACUACCGAUUACCACUUACUGAUUACCCGAUAACCGAUAACCGAUUACCGAUUACCGACUAUCGAUUAUCGAUUCUGAUUAACGGUUUACCAAUUAGUUGUAUUCAUAACUUCUCCUCUGUACUUGUACUUGUACUACCCACGCAUUGACUCCACAUUUACACCACAUUGGCCCACGAUCUGACCCAGAAUCUAAACCAGAAUCCGAAUCAGAAACAGAACUACAUAUAUAGCCGGAGGGGAGUAGCGUGAACCGCAUUUGUCCCGUUUCGCAAGCUAAUUUCUACUUCAAAGACUCGAAGCACAAGUUCAUCUAGUUAAGCAUAAAUGUAAUUGUAAUUGUUGAUUGAUUGAUUGAUUGAUUGAUUGGUGGAAGAGUGAGGAUAGCUGGCUGGGAGCGGUCUCCUGGUCCCCACCAGGAGCGCCCCCCAGCCGAGACGGACGGAGCCCCUGGCAUCUCGCCUCCGGGGCAGGCGGGCUAGUGGAAAUCGUGCAGCAAGCGCAAAGUAUUAGAAUAUUUAUAAAUACAAUUUAAAUGUGUAAAUGUCAUUUUGAUGGAACAUACGAUACGAAUUAAUAAAAGAAGUGAAAUCAAUGUGAGUUAAA